CACACGUUGCAUCUUCUUGCUUUCGGCGGGUUCCAGUUGGUUUGGACGGCUGGGCUGGCCGACUGACAGGUAGAUCGGCAGACCGGUGGAGAUGGCGACACUCUGCCUGACGGUGAACACGGGAGACCCUCCACUGGGAGCUUUGCUGGCAGUAGAACACGUAAAAGACAGCGUCAGCAUUUCUGUUGAAGAAGGGAAAGAGAAUAUUCUUCGUGUUUCUGAAAAUGUGGUCUUCAUGGACAUCAAUUCCAUACUCCGCUACUUGGCUAGAGUUGCAACUACAGCCAGGCUGUAUGGCUCUAACCUGAUGGAGCAUACAGAGAUUGAUCACUGGUUGGAGUUCAGUGCAACAAAGUUGUCUUCAUGUAAUUUGUUCACUUCUGCAAUCAAUGAGCUCAAUCAUUGCCUCUCUCUGAGAACAUACUUAGUUGGAAACUCCUUGAGCCUAGCAGAUCUGUGUGUUUGGGCCACCCUCAAAGGAAACGCUGCCUGGCAGGAGCAGUUGGAGCAGAGCAGGGCUCCGGUUCACGUGAAACGCUGGUUUGGCUUUCUUGAAGCCCAGCAGGCCUUCCGGUCAGUGGGUUCUAAGUGGGAUGUCUCAACAACCAAACCCAAAGUGGCACCUGAGAAAAAACAAGAUGUGGGGAAAUUUAUUGAGCUUCCAGGUGCAGAGAUGGGAAAGGUUACUGUCAGAUUUCCUCCAGAGGCUAGUGGUUACUUACACAUUGGGCAUGCAAAAGCUGCUCUUCUGAACCAGCACUACCAGGUUAACUUUAAAGGGAAACUGAUCAUGAGAUUUGAUGACACAAAUCCUGAAAAAGAGAAGGAAGAUUUUGAGAAGGUUAUUUUGGAGGAUGUUGCAAUGUUGCAUAUCAAACCAGAUCAAUUUACUUAUACCUCGGAUCAUUUUGAAACUAUAAUGAAAUAUGCAGAGAAGCUGAUUCAAGAAGGGAAGGCUUAUGUGGAUGACACUCCGGCCGAGCAGAUGAAAGCGGAGCGUGAGCAGAGGAUAGAAUCCAAACACAGAAAAAACCCUAUUGAGAAGAAUCUACAAAUGUGGGAAGAAAUGAAAAAAGGAAGUCCAUUUGGUCAGUCCUGUUGUUUGCGAGCAAAAAUUGACAUGAGCAGUAACAAUGGUUGCAUGAGGGACCCAACGCUUUAUCGCUGCAAAAUUCAGCCACACCCAAGAACUGGAAAUAAAUACAAUGUUUAUCCGACAUAUGAUUUUGCCUGCCCCAUAGUGGACAGCAUUGAAGGUGUUACACAUGCCCUGAGAACAACAGAAUACCAUGACAGAGACGAGCAGUUUUAUUGGAUUAUUGAAGCUUUGGGCAUCAGAAAACCGUAUAUUUGGGAAUAUAGCCGGCUAAAUCUCAACAACACAGUGCUAUCCAAAAGAAAACUCACAUGGUUUGUCAAUGAAGGACUAGUAGAUGGAUGGGAUGACCCAAGAUUCCCUACAGUCCGUGGUGUCCUGAGAAGAGGGUUGACGGUGGAGGGACUGAAACAGUUCAUCGCUGCUCAGGGCUCUUCACGUUCAGUUGUGAACAUGGAAUGGGACAAAAUCUGGGCAUUUAAUAAAAAGGUUAUUGACCCGGUGGCUCCGCGAUACGUUGCAUUACUAAAGAAAGAAGUGGUCCCUGUGAACAUUCCCGAAGCUCAGGAGGAGAUGAAAGAAGUAGCCAAACACCCAAAGAAUCCCGAUGUUGGCUUGAAGCCCGUGUGGUAUGGUCCCCAAGUGUUCAUCGAGGGUGCUGAUGCAGAGACCCUGUCAGAGGGUGAGACAGUCACAUUUAUAACUGGGGCAACAUCAACAUUACCAGAAUACACAAGAUGGCAGAUUUAUUUACAUCCGCAGAAAUGCCAGUCAAGUUACUUAAAAGGCUUCAUGAAGCUGCGUGAAGAACUAAUGCUGGGAGAUCCCUGCCUUAAAGAUUUACAAAAAGGGGACAUUAUUCAGCUCCAGAGAAGAGGGAUUUUUUUUUUUUCCCUGCCACUUAUUUUUAGCCCAUAUAGUUGCAGAGAAGCCCCAUGCAUUUUGAUAUACAUUCCUGAUGGACAUACAAAGGAAAUGCCAACUUCUGGGUCAAAGGAAAAGACCAGAGUGGAAACAAAAAGUGAGACACCUCCUUGUAAGGAAAAGCCAGCACCGUCUCUGAAUAAUACUUGUGCAACAUCUGAGGAUUCCUUGGUCCUUUACAACAGAGUGGCCACUCAGGGGGAUGUGGUGCGUGAAUUAAAAGCCAAGAAAGCCAUGAAGGAAGUUAUAGAUGAAGCCGUAAAGCAGCUUUUGGCUCUGAAAGCUGAAUACAAGGAGAAAACUGGCCAGGAAUACAAACCUGGAAAUCCCCCGGCCGCAGCAGUACAGAAUGUUUCUUCUAAAUCAUCAGAAAGUCUUCUGGACAGUAAAUCUCUCCAUGAUGAGGUUGCCGCACAAGGGGAGGUGGUUCGUAAACUGAAAGCUGAGAAAGCCCCAAAGGUGAGGAUGCUUGAAGGGACAGUGGUUUCAAUUACAUGCUGUCUUCUCUUUUCCUCUUUCGUUAAACUGAAGGACGAAGUCGAUGGAGCUGUACAAGGGCUCCUUCAGCUGAAGGCAGAGUACAAGUCUCUGACAGGGGUAGAGUAUAAACCCAUCUCUGCCACUGGGGCCGAGGACAAAGAUAAGAAGAAGAAAGAAAAGGAAAAUAAAUCUGAAAAGCAGAAUAAACUCCUGAAACAGAACGAUGGUCAAAGGAAGGACUCUCCUAAAACUCCAGGAAGUGGGCAGUCAUCAGGGGGGCCAGGAGAAGGGCAAGGGCCGAAGAAACAGACCAGGUUGGGUCUGGAGGCAAAAAAAGAAGAAAAUCUUGCAGAUUGGUAUUCUCAAGUCAUCACAAAGUCAGAAAUGAUUGAAUACUAUGACGUAAGUGGCUGCUAUAUUCUGCGUCCCUGGGCGUACUCCGUUUGGGAAAUCAUCAAGGACUUUUUUGAUGCUGAGAUCAAGAAACUUGGUGUUGAAAACUGCUAUUUCCCCAUAUUUGUGUCCCAAGGUGCAUUAGAGAAAGAGAAGACUCAUAUUGCUGACUUUGCCCCUGAGGUUGCUUGGGUUACAAGAUCUGGCAAAACAGAGUUGGCAGAACCAAUUGCUGUUCGUCCUACUAGUGAAACAGUCAUGUAUCCUGCCUAUGCAAAAUGGGUACAGUCACACAGAGACCUGCCCAUCAGACUCAAUCAGUGGUGCAAUGUCGUGCGUUGGGAGUUCAAGCAUCCUCAGCCUUUCCUACGUACCCGUGAAUUCCUCUGGCAGGAAGGGCACAGUGCCUUUGCUACCUUUGAAGAAGCAGCAGAAGAGGUAUUGCAGAUCCUUGACUUGUAUGCUCGGGUGUAUGAAGAACUCCUGGCAAUUCCUGUUGUAAAAGGAAGAAAGACUGAGAAGGAGAAGUUUGCCGGGGGAGACUAUACGACCACAGUGGAGGUGUUUGUAUCUGCCAGCGGGAGAGCUAUACAGGGAGGAACAUCACAUCAUUUAGGGCAGAAUUUUUCCAAAAUGUUUGAAAUCAUUUUUGAAGAUCCAAAGAGCCCGGGAGAGAAGCAAUUUGCCUAUCAAAACUCGUGGGGCCUGACAACUCGGACAAUUGGCGUUAUGACUAUGGUUCACGGGGACAACAUGGGUUUGGUGUUGCCACCCCGUGUAGCCUGUGUUCAGGUGGUGGUUAUUCCUUGUGGCAUCACAAAUGCACUUUCUGAAGAAGACAAAGAAGCCCUGAUCACAAAAUGCAAUGAUUAUCGGAAGCGGUUACUCAGAGUUAACAUUCGCGUCAGAGUUGAUCUGCGAGAGAACUAUUCACCAGGUUGGAAGUUUAACCACUGGGAGCUCAAGGGAGUUCCAAUUAGACUUGAAGUGGGGCCACGUGACAUGAAGAGCUGUCAGUUUGUAGCUGUCAGACGAGAUACUGGAGAAAAGCUGACAGUCACUGAAAAUGAGGCUGAGACUAAACUCCAGGCCCUUCUGGACGACAUCCAUGUUAACCUGUACACAAGAGCUUCUGAAGACCUUAAGACUCAUAUGGUUGUGGCAAAUACAAUGGAAGACUUUCAGAAAGCACUAGAUUCUGGAAAGAUUGCUCAGAUUCCAUUCUGUGGAGAAACUGACUGUGAAGACUGGAUCAAAAAAACCACUGCCAGGGAUCAAGAUCUUGAACCUGGUGCUCCAUCCAUGGGCGCUAAAAGCCUUUGCAUCCCCUUCAAACCACUCUGUGAGCUGCAGCCUGGAGCCACGUGCAUCUGUGGCAAGACCCCUGCCAAGUACUACACCUUGUUUGGCCGUAGUUACUGAGCGGUAAAACAAAAGCCUAUUGCCAGUCCUCCUCACUUUUUAAGAAAUUGGUAUUAUUAUGUUCCCAGAUAUAGUCAAUAUUUUGAUUUUUUUUUUUAAAUAAAAGUUCUAAAAGCAGGUCAUACGAGACAAACAACUAUUCUUAUGCCUAAAUUAACAGUGAAAAAAAGACUCUUCUGUAAACAACCCCAAUAAUAAAUAUUAUGACUUAAUAAUGUUUUUUGUAUUCCUUUGUUUCUGAAAUACCUGAAUUAC